GGGUAAAAAUAUGCUGUUGAAAGGGUGCGUGGAAGGAAGAAGUUAAUUUUCUCUUUUAAAUCACUGGAUGUUCCAGCGACUAAGAGGUUAACCUCUGUUUCAGUAUUUCGCUAUGAGCCUUGAUUGACAGUUGCGUGGUCCAAUAAGAGCUGGAUUUGCCUUAUAUAUAUCGGUGGAGGCUGUGCUCUGUCAUUUUUCCACUCUCCUUGUCUUCUGGUUUGUGGGAAUGGCUCGCACCAAGCAGACGGCUCGCAAGUCGACGGGCGGCAAGGCGCCGCGCAAGCAGCUGGCCACCAAGGCGGCCCGGAAGAGCGCGCCGGCCACGGGCGGCGUGAAGAAGCCGCACCGCUACCGGCCCGGCACGGUGGCGCUGCGCGAGAUCCGGCGCUACCAGAAGUCGACCGAGCUGCUGAUCCGCAAGCUGCCGUUCCAGCGGCUGGUGCGCGAGAUCGCGCAGGACUUCAAGACGGACCUGCGCUUCCAGAGCUCGGCCGUCAUGGCGCUGCAGGAGGCGUGCGAGGCGUACCUGGUGGGCCUGUUCGAGGACACCAACCUGUGCGCCAUCCACGCCAAGCGCGUCACCAUCAUGCCCAAGGACAUCCAGCUGGCGCGCCGCAUCCGCGGGGAGCGGGCGUGAGCUGCCCUCGGCCAGUGGCAACCUUGAACCCAAAGGCUCUUUUCAGAGCCACCCACACUUUCAACUAGAGCUGUAAGGAUAGGAGAAUUGUAACAAUUGAGAGUCUGCAGCGAAUACUGGGGGAUGUCUGCUCGACAUCUUUUUUUGUAAGUAAACGUAUUCAAGGCAUGUUAUGUAUCACUCAGAUACAGUUGAAUAGUCCCUGGCUUCCUAGAAAUCCUCAACCUUGCAUCACAGCUUCACCUCAGUUUGGAAACAGGUUUUGUAUGUCAGUGUAUUUGCCAUACAUGAACCAAGGGGUCUCCUAGCCCAGGGCGAUUGCUAAACACAAGCCAUGUAAUGCCUAUAGUUCUAAAGGUGACUGAGUAAUCCUCAGCCUUCAAGUCUGUUUCAAAACACCCCAGCAGCUGAGUGCA